AUGGAUGCUCAGCGUGCGCUACUCGACAGCCUCAUGGGUAUAAACCGAGAUGGCGAUCGGCCAAAUGACGAUGCGUGUACAAACUUUCGUCAUCCGAAAGUUUGUAAGCUCUACUUAUGUGGUUUAUGUCCACGCUCGUUGUUCCAAAAUACGCGCUUAGACUCAGGUCCUUGUGAGUUCUUACACCUUCCAACGUUGCGCUCUGCGUACGAAGAAGAAAGAACAAAAGAAAGUUUUAGAUAUGAACGGGAUUUGAUCAGUGAACUAUCCAAGCUGCUUGCAGACGUCGAGAAGAAGAUUGCACGUGCUCAAAGGCGAUUGACUGAAGAUGGCGGGGAAAGUCAGGACAAAAAACAAAUUUUGCAGCUUACACAAGACAUGCAGGAAGCUGCAGCACAAGCUGAACAAGCAGCAAAAGAUGGAGAUGCUGAUCAGUCUUUGCGUAGUUUAGAAAAUGUCGAGCUUUUUAAACAAAAGCGACGCGAGGUGCUUCGACAGAACAAUUUGGGCGCCACGAAUUUAGUUGAUUCUGUUAACCAAAAGCUUCGUGUAUGCGAUGUUUGUGGUGCGUUUUUAAGCAUUUUCGAUAGUGAAAAGCGUCUAGCUGAUCAUUUUGGUGGGAAAUUGCACGUUGGGUACGUUCAAAUCCGUCGAAAGUUAAAAGAGCUAGUGGAAAAGAUGAAAGAAGAGAAAAAGGGGAAAAUGGAGCAGAAAAAGACAUCACGAUCGCGUUCAAGGCGACGGGAGGAGCGACCACGACGUCAACGACAAGACCGAGAAAAUAGAGAGCGAACGAAAGAACGAGGCCGUUCCAGAAGUCGAGAACGUCGUCGUAGCCAUAAUCGCGAUCAAGACAAUAACCUUAAACGUAGCUCAGUAAGCUCCAGUCGUAGUCGAAGUCGAAAUAAUGAACGGAAGCGCCAUCGAAGCCAUCGACAUCGACAUCGGCGCUAG